AUGCAAAGGCAUCCGGCCAACAACACGUUCCGCUCUCACACGUCUCUACCGCACGAGCCGAACCAAUUGCUCAAUACCCAGCCCGUCCCCUUCCAAACGCGACUACUCAAAGAUGCGUCAACGCCCAAGCAGCUCCAGUCACUUCUCCCCGCUUUGUACCGGACCGGACCCGAUGGCGCCGACCUCUCUCCGCCGAGACCGGAUGACUUGGCACACCUCGAAGCAGAGCUGGGGCAAGGCGGGCUGGCGAAGCUUAGCGCACGGCUAUGGAUGGCGGGCCGGCCCAUACCGCCCCGCCCGUUACACUACCAGCGGCUGCUCGGCCGGGAGAUCGUCGUCGCGGAGCAGAUGGACCUCCAUCUGGUCUGGACGAGUGGCCGCAUCCAUGUCAAGCCCUUGCCACCGUUGCUGCUCGAGCCUACUUUUUGGAGCGACCACCUGUCUUGCCGCGGAAGCGACUUUAUUAUUGCGAAGGAGAAGCAUCUGAUACCGGAGGCUGUUGAGUGGUCGGACUGGAGACUGUUUGUUUCGCAACUCGGUACUGAGCAUAUCUAUAAAGACAUCGACAGACGUUUCAUUUACGGAGAAAUACGUCUAAGCCGGCUCAACAGACUGCAGUACUUGGAGUCUGGUCUCGCCCUCCGUAGCCAUAUGCCGCACUGGAAUCGAUACGGAGACUUCUUCCAUGACCACUUCGCAUGGCUAGCCUCGGCGACCGUGUACAUAGCGAUCGUGCUGACGGCCAUGCAAGUGGGCUUGGCUACUACGGCUCUUGCUGAGAACGAUGCCUUCCAGUCGGCAUCAUACGGCUUCACCGUAUUCUCCAUCGUGGAGCCUGUCGGCACCACAGGUCUCAUUCUCCUAUCAUUCUGUUGA